GCGAGAAGGAAAUCUCUUUGGACAACAUUGUACGUGGCUUCGCGUCUGAGGGUGUUUACCGGGAUGCUCUUGUUCCCUGACAAACCUCUGUACGAAUAAACGCAGCGUGUGUUUUCCAUGUCAGUGGCUCUUUGUUAGGGACGGAUCCGAACCUGCGAACACCUUCCUCUAAGGCGGCAGUAACCUUCCCGCCAGGAGCCUUCCUAGGUGAUAUCCCAGCCUGACGUCCGUCUGCGAUGGCUGAGCUCGGGGCGACGGUUGAAUUUCCUGGCUCUCUGACGGGUUCGACGCUCCCGCCGCCAAGGACUCGCAUAUUCAAAAUUAUUGUGAUCGGGGACUCGGGGGUCGGGAAGACCUGCCUCACGUACCGCUUCUGCGCCGGCAAGUUCCCCGAGAAGACGGAGGCCACGAUCGGGGUGGACUUCAGGGAGAGGCUGGUGGAGAUCGAAAGCGAGAAAAUCAAGAUCCAGCUGUGGGACACUGCAGGCCAAGAGCGCUUCAGGAAGUCCAUGGUGCAGCACUACUACCGCAACGUGCAUGCAGUUGUCUUUGUCUAUGACGUUACGAACGCAGCGAGCUUCCACAGCCUCCCCGCCUGGAUCGAGGAGUGCAAGCAGCAUGCUCUGGGCACAGAGGUGCCAAGGAUCCUGGUUGGUAACAAGUGCGACCUCCAAGACUCCAUCCAGGUCAGCACGGAUGUGGCACAGCAGUUCGCAGACGUCCACUCCAUGCCUCUGUUUGAGACAUCUGCGAAAAACCCCAACAACAACGACAACGAACGCUGUGGCAGAGGGAACAACGACCAUGUGGAGGCCAUUUUUAUGACUGUGGCCCACAAGUUAAAGUCUCAGAAGCCUCUGGUGUUGAGCCAACCUCUUGAGGGAUCAAGAGGUACCAUUAACCUCAGCAGGAGCAUGAACAAUGGGGGGGGCGGGACAAGGAGCUGGGGGUGCAGCAGCUGCUAAAACUGCUAAAAAGAGGAGAAACGGCCUCAGCUUGAGGGCUGCAUGAAACCGGAGGGAUGGAGGACACUCCAAGAAAAACGGCUCCACAUCCAGAAUUAGAAGAGGAAAUACUUCCAAAUGCUUGUGCUUAACUUGACUACAUGAUACUGAUGAUACUAUGUACAAAUGAACUGAAUGUUGUUAAAUGCCAAACUCUGCAGUUGGUUUAUGGAAAAUAACCUUGUCAACAAGUAUCUGUAUCGGUCCAUCCCAACUACGAGGCUUCGUGUUGGCCGUCUGCUUGUCACAUGUAGUUUGCCAUGAGCUAGUGCUAACUUAGAUUAGCUUGCUGCGUUUUUGCAGGUUAUUGGUAUACAACAACCCAGACUCAGCCCAAAGGCUUCUCUGAAGGAACCAAAUGUGAAAUGUGGCCAGUAUUAAUAUGCAUUCUGACAAUUAAAAUAAUGAAAAACAAACAA